AUGACCGGCUUUGUCCCGUUUGGUAAUCGGGCUGAUUUACUGAACGUCUCAGGCAACUUUGAAUUCUCCAGCUUUAUUAGUUUACAGACUUUUUACGUCGAAAUGUCGGCUCCCGGCGAGGCCUCGUACCUCAGUUGGUUAGAGCGUUCUUUACUUAUCAACAGUUAUCUUCCACCCGAGAUAUCCUCCUACUUGCCUAGGCAACAGUUCUCCGUCCCCCACCCCACAAAUGAGUGUGAAACCGUCAAGCCUAACGUGUUCGUUUUUCUUUCCCUGUACAAGUCAACGGUGCCCUCACAGCGAUGGCAGGCGAACGCCGUCAGGCCUCCUGUGCGCCCGGAAAACACGUCAGCCAGCAUCGCAGCCCUGCGUUCCCGACUGGCUUCCCAGUUUGACCCUAGCAUUGCUUAUGGCAUAAACGCCGUCAUUGAUCGUCGCACCGCUCAGCAGCCAUCCCCCAGUUCAAGCGGUCGCCGAACCCCAGUUUCUGGCAAGGUUGCCCAUCACUCAGGUUUGAAGAAUCUUCCAGGAGGGGACAACAGUACGGCCGCCGCAGCCAGCAGCCCCUCCCCGCCUGUCCCAGCUGGCCCAAAGAUCAAACAACGCAAUCAGCCCACCUUGCCUUCAAAGCUCUGCCUCAAACAGGGUAAUACCUGA